AUAUAAGGUAUUUGGAGACAUGGCUAAGGACCUGGUGUACCUGGUGACAGGAGGAUGCGGGUACAUAGGAGAACACAUUGUCAGAUUGUUGGCCACAGAAGACUAUGUAAAGGAGGUGAGGGUUCUUUAUCACACCAGAAAGGGAAGAGAACUUGAAAAGCUCAGCACAGCUACCACAACUGUUACACUGGUUAAAGGUGAUGUCACAGACUAUAAUCAAGUACUUAAAGCAAUUGAAGGAGUUCAUGUUGUGAUUCAUACUGCAGCUCUUCUAGAUUAUUUUGAUCAAUCGCCUUAUCACAAAAUGGAAGCAAUUAAUGUUGGCGGAACGGAGCAUGUUAUAAAUGCUUGUUUGGCCUCAGAUGUCACCUACAUCGUGUUCACUGGCUCUAUAGCGGCAGUAGGACCUAAUAAGCACAAUGAGCCCAUGUUCAGAGGCACAGAAGAGACAUUUUACACUGGUGAACAAGGAAUGCCCUAUGGGAAGACAAAGGCUCAGGCUGAAAAAUUAAUACGAGCAGCUAAUGGCAGACUGACAAACCAUGGGAAAACAUUAACCACUUGUGUUAUUAGACCAAGCAACAUAUACGGGGAAAAAACAAGCAGUCUACUGGACGGCUAUGUGUCCGCAAAAUCUAAAAAUUACCGGAUAGCCUAUAUUGAGCCUGAAAAUCUAGAUCAAAACUACACAUAUGUAGGUAAUGUGGCCUGGAUGCAUGUACUUGCUGCUCGGCAACUGCAGAUGAAGCCGGAACUCCUGGGAGGUCAAGUGUACUAUCCCUACGACGACACUCCGGUGAGGCAGAGAUACAAACUCCUUUACGAAUUAUACACUGAUAUUGACCCAAGAAUUCAACUGGGCUCACACGUUCCUUACUGGCAGAUGUGGUUAAUUAUAUCAAUUUUUACUAUUUUUGCAUUCUUAGUAAGACCUUUUUAUACACUGAAACCAUUUCUGACUUUAAACACUUUGAAUUUUGUUGUCACUACAUUUUCCUAUGAAACUGAUAAGGCUUUCAGGCACUUUGGCUACCAACCCAAAUAUAGUUGGAUGGAGGCAAAGAUCAGAACUUGCAAAUGGAUAAAAAAUGCAACAGAGAGUUUGUAAAGCAACAACUAAUUAAACUGAUUUAAAUUGAACUGGUGACACUUAUACA